AUGCCUGUCGCUAGAAUCGUCUCCAGUCCCCACUUUGCUUUCGUCACUCCCGAAAAACUCAUUCGAGUUGCUCCUAACCUCGCCACCUGGGGUGUCGCCACCGGUUGUGCCCUCGCUCUCUUGGGUUCCGACAUUCCUCUUGUGAAGAAGGAUAUUCUGUCCAAGAUUCCUUUUGCCGGCAGCUAUUUCUCUGAUAACAAGACCGACGAGUAA